CCUGAAGCAAAGUCAAUUGGAAUCAAGAUAUUUAAAUUGUUUAUUAUUUAUAGGAAUACAAAAUUCCGAUCCAAACGAAAGUGAUGAGUUUAGCAUAGUUAAGAACGCUGUACAAGGCUGAAAACGGCUAUGAAAGCCAUCUUUCCAUUCUUUUAGCAACCUCUUCUUCUCUCUGUUACUUCCGUCCAACCAAUUCAAUACUGUCUCUUUUUUUUUUUUCUUGUAACCAUUACCAACACAACAGUUCUGUGUUUUUUUUUUUUUAAAAAAAAUUAAUUCACUGCGUUGUUCACUUCAUAGCUGAGCUGCCCCUGUUUUGUUGAAUUCUAUGGACUCAGAUUUCGUCAUGCUCAAUGAUUUUAAGGUCGGUGGUUGUCACAGCAAAUCUAUUUCUAGGGUUCAUGUUCAUUUAUUACCAAUCCCCAACUUCUUUCCCAAUUUUGUUGCCUAUCUUUUAUUUUAUUUUUAACAUUUCCCCAUUUCUCACUAUUGCCAAUCGUUGACGAGCUUCACAAAUUCUCUGUCCCUUGUUUCCCUGUGCUUCCUUUCAAGCUCUGGUUCCCAACAUUCAGGUUUUGGGAACCCUAAUUUCCUUUUUAGUUUUUUUUUUAAUGGUUUGUUGUUUUUAAGGUACAUCUUUGAAAUGUCUUUUCUCCUCCAUAUCUAGUUCAGUUGUUCCUUUUUUUGAGGAUUUGGAUGCAUAGCUUUGAGUUAUGGGAACGGCAACCCAUAGGUUGUUAUUCAUGGAUUUGGAUCCUCUCUAGUUUCAAAGACAAGAUUUGAAGUGUGGUGGUGGAAUUUUUCUAGUGGUGAAGACGGUUGAAAAUGAUUUAGAAAGAUGCAUAAGAUGCGUGUUAGAUUAAUAUUUAAUAUGUAACUAGAUUGUAAAGGACUUUAAAUCAACAAAACGGCAGUGCUCGGUGUAAUUAGUAAAUACUAAAUAUGCAUAAUGAUAUUAGAUUUCUAUUUUGUUUUUCUGGAAAACUUCCCCGUGUAGGCAAGAGCAAGUUUAAAGUGAGCAAUGCUUUACUUAUGCAGCAUUUUUUUUUUUUUUUGCCUGAGGAGUUGAAAUUAUUAUUUUUCUUCUUUUAAAAAAUAUAUUUUUUAGCUGAGUUGUGAUUGAAUAUCUGGCUUGAGCAUGUGCUUGUGCAGUGCUCAAAUAUCAACAAUUUUCAAGAAUUUGCUAUUGUGAUACUUUAGGUUUGCUAAUUAUUGAUUUUGGAAAAUUCUUGUUGGGCUUUUUUGCUGAUGUUAAUUUGCUUGAUGAUAAAGGUGGCGAAUUUGAGCACCCAAACUUCUAGACUUCAACAAUGGCAGUGAAUAUGGAAGCAAUGUCUGUGCAAAUCUUUACACAGAGGAACUCUAACAUUGGCUGAAUUUCAAUCAAUUUCAACCUCCAACUUAAGUAUGGAAUACCCUUUUUCCCCAAAGGAUAGAGUAAUUGGGGAUUGGCAAUCUUCUGGAGCUCAGUUGGAGGGAUCAGCAUCAUUAGAUGGCAGAAUGAGCAAUUCAAUAUCAGAGGAUAUGCCCAAUAGCUUUUCUGAGCUCAUGAACUUUGAUACUUAUGCUGGGUUGUGCUACAGCCCAUCCAUAACGGAUCAGAUUUUGGCUAAUGAGCUUCCAUCAUUUGCCCCAUUAUCAUAUCCAUUGCCUGAUGGGUUCAAUCCAGUCCAACUGAACAGUGGGCAAUGCUGUAUGUCAGGAGUUGGCAGAAAUAACAAUGAUACCGAAAACUCUUCCCUUUAUGGGGAGAAAGUUGUUUGUCAGCAAAUGGACACCCUACUUGGUUUCUUAAACGACACAAACGAAGCAAACAACUUGAAUUCUAAGCUAAAAAUUAAUGUCUCUUCUCAACAUCUUAAUAACUCUGAUACAGGCAAUUAUAUGAUGUCUAGGCCACCUGGCCUGUCACUUGAUGAGAGAAUGCUGAGGGCUUUGUCCUUCUUUAAGGAAUCAGCUGGUGGGGGAAUAUUGGCACAAGUUUGGGUACCCAUAAAGGAUGGUGACCAAUUCAUCUUAAGCACGAGUGAGCAACCUUAUUUGCUAGAUCAAAUGCUUGCAGGGUAUCGUGAAGUGUCCAGGACAUUUACAUUUUCUGCAGAAGGAAAAUCUGGUUGUUCCCUAGGACUUCCUGGUCGUGUGUUUACCUCCAAAGUCCCUGAGUGGACUUCAAAUGUUGGUUAUUACAGCAUGAGCGAGUACUUAAGGUUCGAGCAUGCAAUUAAUCACAAGGUUUGUGGAUCAAUUGCAUUUCCCAUAUUUGAUCUGCAUUCUGAACUGCCAUGCUGUGCUGUACUGGAACUUGUCACCACAAAUGAAAAGCCAGAUUUUGACAGAGAAUUGGAAAUUGUUUGUCGUGCACUACAGCUUGUAAAUUUAAGGACUGCCAAGCCUCUCCGAUGUCUUCCCCAGUGUCUUUCAAACAACAAAAAGGCUACUUUGACUGAGAUAGUUGAUGUGUUACGAUCUGUCUGUCAUGCACAUAGGUUACCGCUGGGACUGACAUGGAUUCCCUGUUGUUUCACUGAGUGCUCAAGAGGUGAAGCUUCAAGCAUACGAAUUGAAGGUGGUCAUUCAACUUCUAGAGGUAAAAACAUACUGUGCCUUGAAGAAUCUGCUUGCUAUAUUACUGAUAGAGCAAUGGGAGGAUUUGUCCGUGCAUGCAUGGAACAUCGUCUUGAGGAAGGGAAAGGUAUAGCUGGGAAAGCUCUUCAAUCAAAUCAUCCUUUCUUCUAUCCUGAUGUGAAGACAUAUGAUAUUAGUGAAUACCCACUUGUCCAUCAUGCACGCAAGUAUAAUUUGAAUGCUGCAGUUGCAAUUAGGCUAAGGAGUACUUAUACUAAUGAUGAUGAUUACAUAUUGGAAUUCUUUCUGCCUGUCAAUAUGAAAGGUAGUUCAGAGCAGCAACUUUUAUUAGACAACCUCUCAGGUACCAUGCAGAGAAUUUGUAGUAGUUUGAGGACAGUUUCAGAAACCGAAUUAUCAGGAAUGGAAAGCUUAGCAGUGGGGCUUGGAAAGAAAAAUGCCCCCAGUUUUUUUCCUUUAUCAAGUAGAAACUCUGCAAUACCAUUAAUAAAUGGUGACUGCGAUUCUGUCCAGAAGGCAACUAACCUAAGGGACAAUGAAAUUGAGUCUUCUCCUAACCAGGAAAGAAAUGGAUCAAAAAGACAGGUCCAGAAAAAUAGAAGUACAUCAGAGAAGAAUGUUAGCUUGAGUGUCCUCCAACAAUACUUUUCUGGUAGUCUGAAGGAUGCCGCAAAAAACAUUGGUGUUUGCCCAACGACUCUGAAAAGGAUAUGCAGACAACAUGGAAUUCCAAGGUGGCCAUCCCGCAAGAUUAAUAAAGUGAAUCGAUCAUUGAAGAAGAUACAGACGGUGCUUGACUCUGUCCAGGGCGUAGAAGGAGGGUUGAAGUUUGAUCCAUCUAUGGGGGCAUUUGUGGCAGGAGGGUCAAUCAUCCAGGAAAUUGAUGCACAUAAAAGUACUAUAAAAGACCCUGUGCCUGUUGCACAAGAUGCAUUCUCAGUACGACCAGCACCUUGUAGUGAAGGUGAGAAUUUUUCAAUUAAGUUGGAGGGAAAAUUGAAGAAAACCAAUGUUUCUUCAGUUAAUUACAGUGAAGAUUCAAAAUCAAUGGCAAUCAAUGAUGGGUCGUGCCAGACGGCAAGCCUUUGCACCAAGGUGCAGGAUUGUCCUGAACAAGCUUGUUUGGGUUCUGUUCUUGCAAAAGAACAUGAUAAACGAAUUCUGAACAAGGGUGGUUUGAGUGUAGAAAAAUUUAAACGCAAUAUUGUUGGCCAGAGUUCAAAAACUUUGAUUGGUGAUGAGAUGGACAUUGGUGUAGAUGGGGAUGAUGGAGUUGUUGAACGUAACCACCCUACUUCCUCAAGCUUGAUAGACUCAUCUAAUGGCUCUGGUUCAAUGAUGCAUAGCAGUUCAUCAGGUUCUCAGAGCUUUAAGAACCAGGAUCAGUCCAAAGUCAAAUCAACCAUUGUUGAUAGUAGGUCGAAACUAAUUGUCAAAGCUACCUAUAGAGAAGACACCAUUCGUUUCACGUUUGAUCCAUGUGCAGGUUGUUUCAGUCUAUAUGAAGAAGUUGCGGCAAGAUUCAAACUACAAAAUGGGUUAUUCCAGCUCAAAUAUCUAGAUGAUGAAGAGGAAUGGGUGAUGUUGGUGAAUAAUGCUGAUUUGCAAGAGUGUAUAGAAAUAUUGGAUGAUAUUGGCACACGUAGCGUCAGGUUUCUUGUUCGUGAUAUGCCUUCCGUUUUAGGCAGUUCUGGCAGUAGCAAUAGCUACUUGGGAGGCAGCUCAUAGCAUAUGGGAUGUGGUGGACAACAUCAUUGUGAAAAUUCAAGUCAUGCUUUGACAAGAUGAUGCUAAUUUUUCACAAUCUUCCAAAGGCUCUGCAACUGGAGGAGUUUGAAUCAUAGGCAUAGCCUAUGCCAAUUGCAAAGCUUCUUCGUUUCUAUCUAAACUUUGUGCAUUGCCAAAUUUUCAUUUCUGAGUAGCUUUUUGGAAGAUAGAUAUGGGAGUACUUGCAUGUUAAAUACAUAGUUUUGUAUAUAUUGAAUGCAUAGCAGCAGCAUAGAAAUUUGUAGUCAGGACUGAGGUAAACAGUUCUGUGAUGCUGUUUGUAAUUGUAUGGAUAGAUAGUACCCAGAUAGAUAGAUAGAUUUCCCACGAGAUAAUACAUCUAAGAUAUGAUUAUAAAGUUCUCUCCGACGCCAUGCGUGGAUUGAGGGAAGGUCAACCUUUUAUUGUAGUUACAACUUACAAGGUACAACUUAAAAGCAUCAUAAUAUGAUUAUACAAAAACAA